CCCUUAUUUAUUUAGCUAUGUUGCGGCCCACGUAAAUUUGUAUAUAUAUAUUGAUAAUAAUAAUGGGAGGAAGGACGGAAUGUGGAAAGUUUAAUAUGGGGGGUGGAUAAAAAUCUUUCUCGAAUCUUCACAAUCCCCCCCUUUUUUAUUUCCCAUUUGUUGUUUUUUUUCGGUGAUCAUUUUUCGAAUUUGAGGUUUCUGCGCGUUGUUUCCUUGACUGGAUAAAAUUAUAUUGAUUGAUUCGUUUUAUCUGAGAUUUUUGGGAAAAUAUAUUCCCAAAAUUUCAGAGCCCUAAGCUGUUGAAUUAUAAACCUGUAUUGAUAGGAAAUUUCGAGCGGUGGAAUUGUCAUUUUCAUUGAGGGUUUGGAUUUUGUGUGUUGUCGUUGUCACUGAAUUUGGCAUUUGUGAAUUUCGAUUAUCUGGGCUGAUAGAUUGGAACACAUAUAAUUAUAUAAUUUUAAGUGAGAGGAUCACAUAAUUGUGUGAGACAUGGAGCACAAAGAAAAAGAAGUUGUGAUUGAUAUUGAAAAUGGUGAUGCCAAUGAUUCUUCCUCCGAUUCCACAUGGGGGAAGAAAUCUUUGAAUAUUGUUACUAGGAUCUUGAAUUUGAACGGAUCUGUUGAUGAUGAGGCCGGGGUGAAAUCGGAUGUUGGUUCAGAAGAAGAGCUUGCUAGUGAGACGACGAAAUUGUUGGGGGAUAAGGCCUCGGAAGGGGAGGAGGGUGAGGGGCUGAUGCCCCCUGCCGAGAGGGACAAUGAGAGGGGAGGAGAGGGGCGGGUGCCCCCUGUCGAGAAGGAGAAGGAGAAGGAGAGACGGAAGGGUGGGAAAGUUAAGAAGGCUGCAAAACCACCCCGGCCUCCAAAGGGUCCGACCUUGGAUGCUGCUGACAUGAGGUUGCUCAAGGAGAUAUCGAGGCUUGCCAUUAAGAAGCGUGAGAGGAUGGAACGUUUGAAGGCAUUGAAGAAGACGAGAUCUCCCAGAUUGCCAUCCUCGUUGUCAUCUUCGUCGUCCUCCUCAUCAGUAUGCUCAUCAGCUGCCACCAUCUCAGCCCUGUUCGUCACUGUUUUCUUUUUUCUUGUGCUAAUCUUGCAAGGUCUCAACUCAAGCACCAGUUCGACUUUGAUAAUCACGGGAGCUCCUCAACCUCAGCCAGCACCAGUGACGAGAGGCUCGUCGCCUGUCCAGUUCUACAAAACUGCAAUGUCAGAUGAUGGUGCUGCACCGAGUUUCUUACCUCCAAAGUUCGUUCUCUCUUCAUCUCAUUCUCGUUGUCUGCAACCUUCAUCUACAUGUUAUCCUUGUUUCACUUAAUUGUUUGUAACUCUCCCUCAAUCGUCAACUUUGUCGAUGCAGGUCUGGAUAAUUGCUCUCUGGUACGAGUCUCAGCUGGCUGGAACGGAGUGAAAGAUAAAAUCAAGAUGAAAUGCGAUGAGCGUCUCUGGAAAGAACAUGGUGGAGAUCAAAUUCUAACUGAGUGCACAUAUUUUUCUCUCACUCUUUUGUAAAUGAGAAAGUUGCAUGAUUCUCUUGCACUUGUCGGAAGCGUUUCUUUGUAUCUAUAAGCCAAUGAUGAAUAAAUAUAGCUUCACUUUUCUUGUGAAAAA